UCGGCGAGUGAGAGAUGCUCCAAGAAAACGAGGAGGAAAAGGACAGUUAUCUCCUGGACAAUUUACCGUUAUGUUAGAAGAACUUAGAAAAAGUUAAGAAUAGACACUCAGCUGGUGUAAUAAUCUCGUUUAACGGAUAUGGAAGUCCCUGGACAAAUAUAAUCAGAGACAUUUCAGUAACUUCGGAUUCUGUACAGUCGGGAUGAAACUAGGGUUAUUCUGAGGUGAAGCUCCCGGUCUCUCUUGGCUGGAGUUGACGCCAGGACCAUUCUCUUCUGGAGUAAGAACUGAUAAGAUGGCAUGAGAGUCGCCCCAUGGAAGGCCUAAUGUUCGGCACGAGCCCGGUGGGGAUGCCCACAUGCAUCUUGCGCCUUUCAGGAUGCUGCACGUUCAUCCUUGGAAUAAUGAUGUUGGUUCCCAUGACGACGGCAGACGCACCUGCUAAAGACUGGCCAGUGAUGGCAUCCAGCUUGCCAAACCAGCUUCCCCUGGCAGUGCAGAACCAUGUCCCAGAACCAUCACCUGCCGCCUUACCAGCAUCAUUCACUGAGGCCUCCACCCAGACAGCCGUCCGUAUACCGGGGCAUUCCUCCUCCAUAGUUGCCCCCCUGCCUCCAGCCAAAGGUCUUGAAACAGAUGGCAGUAAACCAGUUCCCCUUAAAGCCUUCAUGCCCAGGUGGGACUCAGCUCCCCUUCAUGCUCCCCCACCUGCUGCCCCUGAAUCUGGGGAAGAGUCUGUGGAAGGGCCCCUGGAGGCCCCAGCCCGACGGCCCCGAGAACUGCAGCAGCCGUCAGUGCCUCUCUCUCAAAUCGUGCCCUCUUCAACAGCACAAGUGUGGUCCUCUUCUCCAUCAUCCGCUUCCUUUAUUGCUGUUGUAAUACCUGACCACAACAGCACCCAUGUGAGGCCUCCGAUGCCUCCCCCGGUGGAAACCCAGGCAACCAACUCCACCACCUCCUCAAUCCCAUCUGGCACCCAAGGACUAGAGGUCCUGCCUGCUGCCAUAACAACUGCCAAACCUCCUGUGGAACCUUCCGGUAGUAUAGAAGACCCCAGAGAUCACCAGUUGUCGCCGAGCUUCAACCUGAAUAUACAGAAUGAUGAUGGCACUCUAGAAGAGAAUCUUAGCCAUGUACUGAUGGGGAACCACAAAGGGAUGACCACUUCGGUAGUGCCCACCAUGGGUCCCAUGGAAGACUUCUACCCAACCAACACCAUGGAGGCGGACUGGGGUUCUGGAGACUACCAGGAGACCAUGUCCUUCUUGGGAUCUGAGGGGGACGACUACUCCCUGGUCUCCAGUUUACCCUCAGACAUGUAUGACUUUGAGGACUCUAACUCAGAGGCCUACGACACCUCUUUCCCAACUCGCGCAGCUCUGGUGCCUUCUGGGACUCUUCUUACAAGGUAUCCCAAGGAAUCCAGUGUACUUCCGGAACUACACGUCACCAGAUCACCUGUUUUAACCAGCCCAGUACAGCCGGUCAUGCACAUGACCCGCACACCCAGUUUUACCAAUCCAGACCAGUAUGAUGCCCAUGUGACCAACUCUCCCAGUUCCAGAGCCACCAGUGUGUUGCCUGGCUCCCCUGGUCCUACCUUACUUUACAGUAGGCCAAAUAUAACCAGCCCUCCUAGUCAAACAACCACAGUUUCCAGCAUAAACAUGACAGCUUUGCCCACUUUCCCUCCUGGCUUUGCAGAGCCUUUCACCAAUUCAUCCAACGUCAACAUCUCAAAUCCUCCUCUAAUCAGGCCAACAGUGUUCAUGCCCCCUCCUGGUUCUUCCACAAAGUCACCAGUCUCCCCCCAAGACAGCGUGUCCAGCCUUGUGCCAGAUUGGUCAGACGGCGUGACCAUUGAGCCCACAGACCUCCUGCUGCCUGACAUGAACAGCCUGGAGUACUUCACCAUCCAGCAGACCAAAGAGCCCAGCAGGCUGCCAGAACAAAGGCCCAACCACACCAGCCCUUCAUCCGGUAACUCCAUCACUCCCAUGCCCAUCCUGACCACUGGAGUUUUCACAGUGAAUCCAACUCAACUGUUUACUGCCUCAUUUGGUGAGGAGCUGCUCCCUGCCCACAACAGCUCUUGGCCCGAGGAAUCUUCAACGGAUACUUCAGGAUUUGAGCCACCGAGCUUUCCAACAUCGGAACCUGACCAGACGUCACAGCAAAAUACCACAUUUCUGGAUCCCUCCAUGGUGCUUACGCCCUCCAUGGAGCCCUCAGUGCCCAGCACAGAGUGGAGUCAGGGUGGGGGCUCUGAUUGGAUGAGCACUCCAUCAAUCCUGACAGCCCAAGUCAAUACUACAUCCCUGCAUACUCCUGUCCUGCCCUCAACUACACAUGGACAAUGGGACAUUACUCCAACUGUCUUGGAGACCCUGACCAAUGGUACCUCUCUCUUUCCUCCCAGUAUUAGCCCAUCUGCCACUGUUGGUGUUACCCCUGAGUCCUCCCAGUCAGACUCCAAUGCCACCACUUUCCCCUUUGCCCCAACACAUCCUGCCCCAAAUGCCACCACCAUCCCCCUAACCCCAAGACCUUUUACCCCCAAUGGAACAUCACUCACCGACAUGGCUGAUGAAGCCAUCACUAUGGGAACACCAUCCGACACCACAGCAACUGAGGAUACCCUGACAACCAUCAAUACCAACACAGCAUCGCUCAACAUGACUAUUCCCACAGCUGUAACCACUGUUCUAACCACGGUUCCUGACAUCCCUACUAAACCGCCAGCAGCUACCACCUCAAAACCCCCUCAGACCACCACCGUUCGAGAGUACCUGUGUAACAUCACCGACCCCGAGAACUAUCUGGUCAAAGUCGGUUUCUCAGCAGGGUCCACAGUUGGAUAUGCCAAAGCUAAGGUCCGUGAGAUCCUGAAGCCUGAGUUCAACCAAUCACUGGAGCUGCAGGUGUUGAAGGCUCCUCCAGACUUUGUGUUCCGGGUGGUGUCGGGUCCUAUUGUGUAUACGGCCAUCUCCGUUGUCAACGCACUGCGCCAGUCGCCCCGGGCAACCCGCAGCAUCCUCUAUGUGUCUGGUGUUAGCCCCACCCCCGGCCCACAAUACCAUUUACACACAGUGCUGCAGUUUGUUCCGAGUCACAUAGACGUGCGUAUGUGUACGUUCAGUGAAAAAAUAAAGAAGGGCCUGACAGCUGCCUAUGCAGAGGUCCGACGCCGAUCCCAAGAGUCCACCAACUUCACUGUGCAGAUUGUAAACAUCACCGUGAACGGCCUGCCCAAAGCCACGCGACAGCCACGGGCCCCAGUAGAUGUCGUGUUUUCGGUGCGCGAUGGCCGAGGCUACCUGGAGGGGGCAGAUGUGAGUGCACACCUGCGCAUCCUCAACAUGGUGGAGUUCAGUUACUACCUGGGCCUCCCAGUACUCCAGAUAGCCGAGCCUUUCCACUACCCAGAGCUCAACAUGACCCAGUUACUGCGCUCCUCAUGGGUGAGAACAGUCUUGUUGGGUGUGCUGGAACCACGGGUGACUGACCGGACGUUUCAGGCCAAGAUGGAGCGGUGUCUAGCUCAGAUACUGGGAGAGGCCCUGGGCAUCAGGAGAUUCAAGAGAGCCACCAGCAUAGGCAACAACAGUGUACAGAUUGUUCGGAUGACUCGUCUGUCUGGUCCUGACAGUCCUUUGGAGAUGAUCUACUUUGCAGAGGGAGCCAAUGGGGAGAGACUCCCGGCUGUUACUACGGCAACCACGCUCAACCGUCUGGACGUGCAGAGAGCGGCCAUCGUUUUGGGCUACCGUGUGCAGGGCAUCCUGGCACAGCCGGUGGAAAAGGUUGAUGGCUUCCCAGGCCAGCCGGUGGAGCCUCCAACCAGCACGUGGGUGGUGAUCGGGGUGGUGAUCCCUGUGCUGGUCGUGGUCCUGAUCACCUCCAUCCUCUACUGGAAGUUCUGUCGCACCGACAAGCUGGAGUUCCAGCCUGAUACCAUGGUAACGGGACCCCAGAGGCAGAAGCUCCAGGCUCCCAGUGUGAAGGGCUUUGACUUUGCCAAGCUGCACCUGGGCCAGCCCAGUAAGGACGACCUGAGGGUCAUCCAGGAGCCCACCGGCCCUCCCUCCGCCUCCGCCUCCGCCUCCGUCGUCAAGGAUACCAGCACCUCGGAGAGCGGCGAGCCCGGUGGUUUCUCCUCUGCCAAGAGCGCCUCGCGUGUGGGACGCAAGAAAGGACGGAUCUCCCCGUCGGAUGGGGACUCUGUGGGCAGCGAUAGGUCCAGUGAGAAGGACUCGCCAGCAGGCCGCCUCAGGGGGUCAUCCGCCCCACACGACCCCAGACAGCCGCGCAAGAUGGUCGCCAACGGGCUCAAUGGCCCUCCGCCGAUGAGCGGACCCGAUGACCAGCUCUCCUCGGCGUCCAUCUUUGAGCAUGUGGACCGCAUGUCCCGUGCUGCGGAGGGGACCAAGCGCUUGGCCAAUAAGAUCCAGCUGAUCGCCAUGCAACCGAUGCCGGCUCUGCCCACACACAGCCCGACAGUGGUGGACCGCGCCACCGAAAACGCCAAGAUAAACAAGGAGAUCCAGGUAGCGUUAAGGCACAAGUCGGAAAUCGAGCACCACCGCAACAAGAUCCGUUUGCGAGCCAAGAGGAAAGGCCACUACGACUUCCCCGCCAUGGACGACCUGACCGAUGGGGCCGGGGACCCCAAGGAGCAGGACCGCAUCUACCAGAAGGCCCAGCAGCAGAUCGACAAGAUCCUGGACCCGGACACGCACCUGCCUCCGCCCUUCACUGAGCCCAAGAAAAGUGGAAGAGGAAGGCGUUCUCCUAAGUCUAAGAAGAAGACGGGACAUCUGAACGGUGAAGCAGACCGGGACCAGCUCAUCACCGCUGAGACGGACGGAACAUACCGGAAGUACCCUGGAGUCAACAACUUCGCCUAUGUGUCUGACCACGAUCAGGCCCCUGACCCGUCCGACGACGUCUUCCUGUCGCCCAGCUCUCCCCCGGACGCCACCCCCCCUCCCCGUACCUGCCGCGCGAGCCCCAGCAUCGAGGGGCGGCAGCAGAUGCACUCGCUCCUGGACAACGCCUUCGCCCUGGUCUCGCCCACCGCCGCCGCCACCACAGCUGGCGUCGCCACAGCUGGCAUCACGCUGCCCGGCGUGGGCAACGGCCACGCGCAACCCCCAGCCUCGAGCCCACCCUCCCGCGGCCCCCCCAGGCCCUGGGCCCCCUCCUACCCGACGCCGGGGCCCAUCUCGGGGAGGUAUGGUGGUGAUAUAGGACUUCCCCCUCCCUCUGUGCAGAGUGUUCUUCAAAGACAAGGCUUGGGUUCAGGAUAUUUGCCUUCAACUGGUGAAGGUGUGAGUGGGGAGCAGCCUGCAAUAGACAGCUUCACCAGUAGGGGGGGCUACAGUGAAGAACUGUCCUCAGCACGACCUAGACCUGUGGGAAGCACUGCAGGUGGUCAGCUUCAUCACCUAUCACAGGUGGGUCUGCCCACCCGUUUGAGCGUAAUGCCCCCUAGUGGACGUCUCGGUGCACUGCAGGCUGGCGGCUACAGCUGGAGUGCCUAUGACGAUGAGUUCUCCAAACCUGGCAACCUCCGGGAUGCUGCUCACCGCAUGGGAGUGAGGGAACCCUCCGCCCCACCCGCCCACCUGGACACCCCCGGCCUGGGCUACCCGUCGACCACCGGCGCCCUUCAGGGGGAAGGCCUCCCAUCCACGCACUCCUCGGCCUCCCUCAUCAAGGCCAUCAGGGAGGAGCUCAUGCGCCUGUCCCAGAAACAGGCCUCCCUGCCCAGCUUCCACAGCUGAGGCUCGCCCCCCCUCUCUGGCCCCUAGCCCCUUCCAGAGACCCCAGAGCUGCCAGCACUGCUUCCCAUGGAAGCUGCCCUCCUUUGGGGGACAGGAUGGACUGAGGGUGGCCCUGGGGGUCUGGUCGUGGAUGAAAGAUGGGGGCAUCUGCACUGAGACUGAGACAAGUGACUGAGACAAGAUCAGAGAAAAGCAGGAAUUGAAGAAAAAUUGUAGCUUUGGAUCUCAAAUAGUAGCACUGUGCAUGUGUGUGCGUGUGUGUGUGUGUGUGCAUGUGUGUGUGUGUGUGUGUGUGUGUGUGUGUGCAUGUGUGUGUGUGUGUGUGUGUGUGUGUGUGUGUGUGUGUGUGUGUGUGUGUGUGUGUGUGUGUGUGUGUGUGUGUGAAGGACCUAUUGAGAAAAAGGGACCACAAAAGGUUUUUCAAAAGAAUGAUUUUUUUUUUUUUGACAAGGGGGACUUCAGCCAAAACCUGGUUACCACAUAUUCUUGUGGAUGUUUUUUAAAUGUAAUCUUUAAACAUUUGACUUUGAUUACUGUGCUUUUUUGCUUGUUUGAUUGUUUGUGUACCCUCUGUUCUGAGCAGCAGCUGAGGCUUCAUGUCCACGAAGAGCACUCUCAUUUGUAUUCUUUUUAUCUUGCGGCCUUCUGCCCUCUUGAGUUGAUGCUGUUACCUGAUUAUCUGCCGUUAAUCUGGCAGCACUGAAGCGUUCCUCGACACCUUAAAUACAUACGGUAUACUAAAAACCAAGGAAGAAUGGCUUUUUACUGUGUGCGUAUUAUAUUUCCAUACACUGUUUCAUCUGUUCUUAAUGAACUAGGUGCCCUGCUCACUGUCAUUUCUGUGGUGCUAACACUUUUGAUCCAUGAACCCUCAAGGGCAGGCUUAAGGCUAUAAGGCUAGACUUUCUCAGGCCAAGGUGAAGUCUAGACCUGAACCUAAACUG